GCGCGCAGGCGUGGUCUCCUGCAACUCCGCCAUCAGCGCGUGCGGGGCCUGGCAAAGAGCCGUAGCUUUGCUGCGAAGAGGACCCCGCAACAUCAUCAGCUACAACGCCACUAUGGCCCUGUGCGACUGGAUGUGCACGCUGAGCUGGCUGUCUCAAUCGCAGCAGGACACUUUGCAGCCAAGCAACAUCUCCGUGAACACUGCUGUGAACGCGGCUGGCAAAGCAGGGCGAUGGCAGCACGCGCUCUUUGCGCUUCAGGAGCUGGCGACGCCCACGGUGCGGUCCCUGGGCUGCGCGGUGACGGCCUGCGAGACCGUGCGGUGCUGGACCUGGGCGCUGCAGCUGCUGACAGGCGCGCCCGCGGCGCCCAACUCGGUGGUCUUCGGGGCCGGCAUCAGCGCCUGCCGCGGGCAGCUGGUACGGGCCAUGCAGCUCUUGAGCGAAGCAGAGCGAUCUCUGGCACAGCUGGACGUCAUCGUGUUCAACGCCGCCAUCAGCGCAUGUGAGACUGCGGGUGCCUGGCAGGAGGCACUGGGGUUGCUGGCACGCCUCAGCCUCCGACGCCUGCGAAAGAGUGUCAUCAGCUUCAAUGGCUGCCUCAGCGCCUGCGUGCGCUGCGCCCAGUGGCGCUUUUGCCUUGAACUGCUCCAAGCCAUGGCCCGGCAAGACGUGCCGCCCAACGCGAUCUCCUUCAAUGCCACCAUCACGGCCUGCGAGAAGACCGGGGAGUGGCAGCAAGCGCUCCACUUGCUGAGCCAACUGGGUACGCCGGACAUCGUCAGCUUCUCUGCAGCCAUCAGCGCCUGCGGCGCAGGGCGCAGCUGGCGACAUGCGUUGGCGCUGCUGAGAGGCGCCAACGCCAGGCGCCUGGCGGAGUUGGUGGCGUGCAACAGCGCUCUCAGCGCCUGUGCCGCGGUGGGCGCCUGGCGGCAGGGCCUGCAGCUGCUCAGUUCCAGCGUCGCGCCGGAUCUGAUCACGUACAACGCUGCCAUGCAGGCCGUCGGCCUCCCCUGGCGGGUGGCUCUGCAGGCGCUACGCCAAAGCCAAGAACUGAUGCCCAAUGUCCUCAGCUACGGUGCUGCCAUCGAUGCCUGUGAGAGAACCAUGGUU